UAUCUUGUAGCAGGUCCCAAAACUGGAAACUCAUUCAGUCUCUUCUGAAUGGAGUGUCUUUAACACAACAGUGGAGGACUUAACUCUUCAGCAACGAAAAUAUGAGAGCCCUGCAUCUGGUUUUUGUUGGUGCCUUCCUGAGUGUACUGCUCUGCCUCCCCAACCCUGGUCAUGGAGAAUCCUACUUUGGGGACAGCUUCUGUCAUUUAAACGCCUUCCAAGAUGUCUCCACCUUCCAGUUGUCACUAAAGUUCAAGACAAGUCGACGAAGUGGGCUGCUACUCCUGGCUGCUGGGAACGAGGACUACCUGUUCCUUGAGCUCCAAAAUGGGAAAAUACAGGCUCGGAUGAACAUGGGGGCUGGUGAGGUCACGCUGUCCUCAUCUGAAGGAGCAUACCUGAACAAUCUUCUGGACCACAAAGUCUCACUGACACUGAAAGAAGGCAGGCUUACCAUGACAAUUAAUGAUGUCUUUUCAACAUAUGUUCCUGUGAGCAAUGACGGGGGGCAGCUCAAUAUUGACCAGGGCAUUUGGCUUGGAGGAACUGAAGACCUGCAUACUUCGUACCUUAGCAAUGCCAUUACUCCUUUUCGUGGCUGUAUGACUGAAGUCAAAUUUCAAUCCCAUCAAUUUGAUAUUCUCACUUCAACAUUUAAACGAUGCCAAGACACAAAGGAAGCCUGCAGCAAUGAGUUUGAGGCUGGAGAUGGCGAGACCACCAGUUUCAGCACCCCUGAUUCUUUUAUAUCCUUCUCCACCUGGAGUGGAGGUAGUGGUUCUCGAAGGGCCUUGGAAUUUCUAAUGAAAACCACCAUUGAAGAUGCCUUACUUGUUUUCCAUCCUGGCCAAGAUUCGGACUUCAUUGCUGUUGGUGUUGUGAAAGGCUAUCUCAAAGGUUUACUGGACCUCGGUAGUGGUAUGGAGGCCCUGAAGAAUAUGCAAGUGCAGCUGGAUGACGAUCAGUGGCACAGAGUUAAGAUCGAGAUCAGUCAGGAUUCUUUUGUUCUUAAUGUAGACAGCCAGUCUUCCUCCCUUUCCCUUGACCCAUCACAAAAACUGGAUUUGGUCGGAAGCCUGUAUUUAGGGGGCAUCCAGGCAAAAAGGAAGGAAUUCUUCCAUGGCAAUGGGUCAUUAGGUCGCAUCUAUCAGGAAGAUUUGACAGACGAAUCCUUCAUUGGAUGCUUGGGAGAAAUUAAAGUGAAUCAGAAAGACAGAAACCUGCAGGAUGCUCUGGUGACCAAAGAUAUUCAUGUUAAAUGUGAAGGAGAGGACUAUGACUACUCAAAUUAUGACGGGGAAUUAACCUCAACUUCCCCUACAAUCAGUACCCCACAUGUUUACAUUGACUUUAAUCAACAACAGCACUGCUACCCAACAGAAAACACGACAGAGUUAUUUAGAAAUGUGACCAAGCUUCUAGAUGUCACCCCAUUACAAGUGCCAGAAGGUGGAGAGGUUUUUCUUGAUAUCAACAACUUAAACCCUACAUUUGACCUCAGUGCUGCAAACAUGCAACAGUCGCAGAUUACCUUUACUCUCGAGAGUUUUCCCUCAUAUGGCUUAGUCGAUAUAAACAUUAACAGACAACACAUUCAAAAGUUUACUCUUCUUGAUAUUGUCAAUAAGAGAAUCAAGUAUAUGCAUGAUGGAAAUGAAAGGCUUGCAGAUCAAAUCUAUUUACAGGUGGUUGCUCAAAGUGAUUUCUACCUUCCAGAAUGUUUAAAAACUCCUCACAAUUAUGUCCUCCCAAUUGAAAUUCUUCCAGUUAAGGAUACACCACAACUUGAUAUAAAUGAAAUCUCCAUCGCUGAAAAUGGCCGCACUCAUUUGAAUACCAGCAUCAUGAGGUUGUUGGAUUUCGACUUGAAUUGUGAUGACUUAAUUAUAACUGUUACUUCAGAGCCUCCCAAGGAUUUUGGUUACUUAGAAGACAGAGAGAAACCAGGAGUAAGCAUCUCAGAGUUCGCUUGUAAGGACCUGGAAGAUGGAAAUAUUUAUUUUGUACACAGAGGUGGUAGUACUGGUAUGAUGACCCUAGACGUGCCUUUUGAAGGAUCAAGCCUUUUCACUACUUUUAAGUUGUCCGUGAUACAACCGGAUUUAACUAUGGUCACUAACUCUGGCCUUCUUUUGUCACAAGGAAGCAAUGCAUCCAUAGACAAUCACAAGUUGGCUGCUCUCGCUCAUCCUCGUAUUGGCGAUAUUGUGUAUAACAUCACACAACCUCUAGUGUUUGGAGAACUGCAGAUUCUGACAAAUGACGGAGUGUACAAACAAGUCACAACUUUUCAUCAGUCUGAUUUAGAUCAGAAGCGCCUUAGGUAUGUCAGCACAGACUCAAGUGACCAGGAAAAUACUGUGUUGGAGCAGAUCCAAUUCAGCGCUCAUCUGGGGCGGUUCUCCCUCUGGAACAAUACUUUUGCAGUCAUGAUUGCCCCUGCUCAAGUGAAGGUUUCUCAGCUGGUACCACUGGAAAUGGAGGCUGGUGAAGAGCAAACAAUCACAGACCUUCAAGCUGAAUUCAUUGACAAAACCCCAGACCCCAGGACAAUUAAAUACAUCCUCAUUACACCCCCAACACUGGGAAGCCUCCUGUUGUCAGACAGAGAGCUGGGUGAGGGUGACAUGUUCACCCAAAAAGACAUUUUAGACAAUGCUGUUAGCUACAGGGCCCGAGUGCGAAGAGCUGUGGAUACUACAGAUCAGUUCCAGUUCAAAGUCUUUGCUGAGGAUCAGCACUCUCCUCUGUACACCUUUCCGAUCAAUAUCAUUGCCAGCGCUGAUGCCCCUGUUUUGACUAAUAAGAAGUUGGUUGUGUUGGAGGGCAGUGAGCAUGGUCUUAACAAAAACUACCUUUGGCUGGAGUCUUCAAGUUCUGUUAAUUUCCUGUAUCGGGUGACUCAAGAGCCAAAGCAUGGGCGGCUAAUAAGGGAUUCCCCACCUGGAGUUGCUAGAUUUGAGGGGGCGAUAAGAGUUUUUAGUAAUGAAGAUAUUGAGUUUGGAAGGCUCGUUUACAAGCACGAUGGCUCCAAGACAAGCAGUGAUGAGUUCCAUUUUUUGGCAAAUGAAGAAAAUGCAGAGAUAACUGUGAGCGAUGUUUUCAGAAUAUCAAUCCAUCCCAAAAAUGAGCAUACUCCUGUGAGGACAGUGGAUAAAGUCUUCAAUGUGGUCCGUAACAGUCAGCGCCUGCUAACAACAGAUGUCAUUCAGUUCAAGGACAAUGACUCAGGUUUUAAUGACAGUCAAAUCGUCUACGCUCGUGAGGGAAUCCUUUCGGGCAAUAUUGUCUCAACAUCACAGCCAUCACAACCCCUUUUCCGCUUUACACAAGCCGACCUGAAAGAUAAGAAAGUCUUAUUCAUUCACCACGGAGCAGAUCGGGAGCGCUUUUCACUCCAGGUGUCAGAUGGCUUCCACAAGACCACUGCAGUGCUUGAGAUCCAGGCAGGUGAACCCUACCUGCGAGUGGUGAACAACACAAUCAUCGUCAUCGAUCAUGGAAGCACCAAAACCCUUAAUACCACCCUGCUGAGUGCAGAAUCCAACAUGGACAUCAGACAUGACAGUGAGAUUACGUUUCAGAUUACAUCCCCACCCAAGGAUGGCAGAAUUAUUGUGAGUGGGAUUGAGGCAUCAGUUUUCACAGAGGAAGACCUGAAAAAGGGUGUAGUCUCAUAUGAGCACAAUUAUGAGAGUCUGAGGUCCAAGGACUCCUUCAGCUUCACUGUGCAGGCAAAUGGACUUUCCGAAGAGGGCACGUUCAGGAUUAAAAUAUUUAAGCAAGGUUACUUGUCUGAGCCUGAGGUGGUCGUCAAUGCCGUCAUCAUUUCUUACGAAGGAGAGCACACCGUAAUCAGCAAUGAUCAUCUCAAGGUGGAGCAAGCUGACAUUUUGCCCAGUGAAAUGAUCUUCACAAUCAAAGAACCGCCUCAGCACGGUCAUGUGGUCAAGCUGACAACCAGUCCAGACGCUGAGGCCUCACCUGUCCUCGACUACAUCCACUCUUUCACUCAGGAAGAUAUUGAUGAAGGACACAUUCUCUACGUGUCUGCACCCACCCAGCGGCAUGAUGUCUUCACACUGGAUGUCAGUAAUGGUUUUAACACAGUGGAGAACCUGCGCAUGUUUGUGAACAUCGUGCCCCGGAUAAUCCCUGUCCAAGCCCUCAACUUUACUGUGAAGGAGGGCCUCAGCAGAGUAAUUAAUGCAGACAUUAUUAACAUCUUGGACCCCUUCUACAACUCAUCAACCAUUGACAUUUCUGUGGAUGAAUCACCAAAACACGGGGAUAUCCGCUCCUUGAGUGGACAGGAGCUUUCUUACUUUUCAUUAGAAGAGAUGAGACGUGGAGAAGUCUACUACAUGCACGACAGCACAGAGAGCACCGAGGACAAUUUUACACUCUCGCUCUCUGCUUAUGACAUUGAUCGCAGGAGCCUCCCUUUCACCAUCUCGGUUACUGUCAUACCUGUCAACGACGAGCCCCCGAAACUGACGCGCAACACCGGAACAGAGGUUUUUGCUGGUGAGGAAGCUGAUAUCACCUCCAGCAUGCUGAGCACUGAGGACGCUGACACUCCCGCAGAGGAACUGGUUUACAACGUUGAAAUGCCGAUCAAUGGGAGGGUUGCACUGAAAGAGGCGCCUGAUGAUGAGAUCCUAAAUUUUACGCAGGCUCACGUAAACAAAGGCGAGGUCGUCUUCGUCCACGAGGGUGAGGAUUCUGGCAGCUUCAGUUUCACAGUGACAGACGGCGAGCACACGUCUCCUCUCUACAAAUUUGUCGUCACAGCCAGGCCACACACCAUCACCAUGGUAACGCAGGCGAACCUCAUGGUAUUUCCAGGAACAAGGCAGCCCAUCACAAGCGCCAAUGUGGGGGCUGUAACCAGUGGGGAUGGAAAUGAGAUAAGCUACUCGCUUUUCCGCCCGCCUCGUUUGGGAAGACUCAUCCUGGCCAAUGACAGGAACCAGUACGAGGAAAUUAGUCAAUUCUCACAAUCACAGCUGGAGUCAGGAAUGGUCUACUAUGAGCACCAGCUACCCGAGAAACCAUUCUGGGCAGUGAAGGACUCCAUCGAGCUCUUGUCCCAGUCAGCAUCAGACGUCCAUCACAUCCUGCCCAUAACCGUGUCUUACUAUGCUGCUCACAGCAACAUCUCCUCACAGCUGUGGAGGAACAAAGGUCUGGAUAUUGUGCAGGGUCACAGAAAAACCAUCGAUGAUUCAAUUCUUGAUGCUUCCAACCUUCUGGCUAGCCUACCAGAAGAAAACCGAGGGGAAGUGGAUGUCAUUUUUGAAAUUAAGCGUUUCCCCGGUCGUGGUCGUAUCAUGCUGGAUGGUCAGGACCUGCCCCGUAAUACCCCGUCCUUCAUGCAAGAAGAUGUCAUUCAAGGAAAGGUGGAGUAUGUCCAUGAUGAUCUGGCAGACUCGUCUGACAGCUUUGCUUUCAGAGCCCGUCUUAAGUCUGAGGGCCGUAGUUUGGCCUCACCUGCUAAGUCUGUGGUCCUGGAGGAAGUCUUUAACAUCUCAAUCAAACGGAGGGGCUCAGACCCCCCUGAACUAGUCACUACAGAAACACUCUUUGAGGUUCUUCAAGGCUCCAUGACCCUCUUGACCCAGAGACAACUUAACACUCAUGAUGAGGACAGUCCUCCAGAUGAGGUGCACUUCAAGGUGACCAAAGCACCUAGCAAUGGUCGACUAGUUGACUCAGGCACAAUGGAGGCAAUCUCUGAAUUCACACAAGAGAUGGUCAAUCGUGGAGAGGUGGGCUUCUACAGUGACAACAGCCUUGUAGAUAGCAUCAUGGAAUUCGUAGUAUCAGAUGGAGAACACCAAACCGAAGCAUACAUGCUGCACAUCGUCGUACUGGCCCACACCCUGCUUCUUGACAUAGCCCCUGAGAUCAAGGUGAAGCAGGGCAACGAUGAGACCUUAGUGACUGAAGAGAUGUUGAAGGUCAGCACUGGUGGCCCUAUUGAGGAGGACAUCCUUUAUAAAAUCACAAGUGCUCCCAAGUACGCCGCUGUCAUGGUAGACCGGCAGCCUACAUCUGCUUUUACCCAGAAACUGAUUAAGGAAGGCCGAGUCAGUGUCCGCUUUGUCAAGUCCACUUCACCCCGAGACAGUGUUUCAUUUACAGCCCGCAGCCGGGCUGCUAACAUUUCCUCUGUCCUCAACAUCACUGUGCAACCUCUGGCCAACAUUGCUAGGGAUCCUCUCUUACCCCAGGGUGCGCUUGUCCAACUGGAUAAAAAGCUUCUAGAUGCAACAUCCCUCGCCAACAAGACUAAAGUUACCCCAACGUUCACUGUCAUCCAGCAACCGAGAGGUGCUCGGUUUGUAAAGUCUGGAGGCCCAAACGCAGGUGACUCAGUGAAGUCGUUUAGCCAAAAGGACCUGGAUGAGGGUCGUGUAGCUAUGGAAAUCUUAAAUGGCUCUUCUGGAUCACCUAGUGCUGCCACUCAGGAUGAGGCUCGCUUCCUGCUCAAAGCUCACGGGGUCCCUCCUGCAGAAUGUGUGCUUUCCUUCCAAACCGGUCCCUACAAUGCCUCUGGAAUUUACCCUGUCACUCUGUUGAGGAUUCCCUCCAAAGACAUUGAUCAUCUUCCUGGGAUCCCUCAAGUCACUCCAGUUAGCCCUCUCUGGCCCCACGGAGAUGCCACUACAGCUUCUGGAUCUGGCUCAUAUGGAAGACCACAAGCUGCCAAGCGCAGUAACAUCUGGCCUAUUAUCAUCCCUAUCAUGGUAAUCCUCAUUCUCUUGCUACUGGCGGCUGUCUUGGCCUACUAUCUGAUUCGCAAAAACAAGACGGGUAAGCACAAUGUCCAGACGGCAGCAUCCAAGCCCAAAAAUGGCGAGGUGGCCACCACAGAGACCUUUCGCAAAACUGACCCAGCCAAUAACAUCCCAAUGUCCAAGAUGGACUCCAAAGACGCAGACCCUGAGCUGUUGCAGCACUGUCGGACAACAAACCCGGCCUUGAAAAAGAACCAGUACUGGGUCUGAAGCACUCUGAGAUCGGACACAGAGGGAGUAUUGGGAAGUCUCCUCAAAUCAUUCCUCUCAGUAUUAAAAGCAGCAGUUUAUACGAGGCUAAUUUUGUUUAAGCCCUUUACUCAACUCAGCAUAACUCUGGACAGAUUCUCAGGCAAUGAAACACUGAAUACUUAUUGGCAAAGAAACAGGCAGUUUCUUAUCUACAGGUGCUCGGGCCAUGUCUAUUUAUUUUAGUUUUAUCAUUCCUCUUUGUCACAGAUCGCACGUUAAGACAUAAACAUGCCAUAUGUUUGAAAAGAAGUAUUUAGGUUGUGCUCUGUCUGUGUAUUCCAUAUUUAUCGUAAGCUGACAUUAUUCAGUGAGCGGUUAGAAAUUUUCAAGUCCUGGAUUUGGUCAGAUUUAUUUUCUUGGUUCAGGAAAGCUAAACGUGUUAGGUGAUGACUAUGAAAUGAAAUGCAAUAUUUUCAAGAAGAUGGAAAACUGCCUCUUUGUUUUAAUUGUUUAAAGGUCCUUGCACCUCAGGGCUAAAUCUAGUUUAAAGGCCAACACGCCUUCAUUCACUUUCUUACUGAAAAGGACAGAUAAAAAGACUGAUACCAUUUCGCUACAUCGCAUGUCAAUGAUCAAAGCAUGAACUAAAGCUAAAGUCUCGAGUUUCAUCUCAUUUUUAGUCUUUAUGCUAAGUUAGGCAAAGCUAAGCUAAUGGUCUACUUGCUGUACUGAAUACACAAAUAAAAAAGCUGUACCAAGCUUUCCAUCUAGUGACUGAAUACACGUGUUUCCCUGAAAUGCAGAACUUUAAUCUCAUCGUGAUUUGAUUUGACUUUAAUUUUACAGAGAAAAGACGCUUAUUUAAAAGGCGUUUAUAAUCAAACCCUUGUGACAGCGCGCACAAAAUGAACUGGAUUUAGCUCUGAGUCACGCCAUCAUCUGCCAUAUGUUAUUGUUUCUAAAUGCUUCCAAAAUACUUGUAAAUAUUUACUGGACUGGCACAGCACUGACCGCAUAAAUACACACUACACAGUCUGCAGACCGCAGGCAGGACGUUAUUUCAGUGAUGCUGGACUUUAAGACAUCCGCAUUGGCCGACAGGCGGGUGUGAGGUCAUCUCAGAAUGAGAUGUUUCCAGUUCCUGGGUUUGCAAUUAUGAAAUGAAUAAAAUAUUGGCUAUAAUAAUAUUUGGUACUGUACUGGGAAUAAUAAAUAUAACAAUCCACUUGUUAGGUUAUGCUGAUUAAAGAGGUAGCUGACAGGAGGUCUUUGGAAGCUAGUUUCGCUUUUAAGCAUUCCAUAUGUAAGUGGAAUACAUAGAAGUUAUUUUCAACUUUUAUCUAUAAAUAUAUAUAUGUAUACUAAAACUAAGAGGAGUGCUACUGUAAAUUGGAAACUUCUUUUUAAUGUGCAUUUUUUUGGUCACUCUGACCUGUGACGCUUAUCUUUUUUAAGGUAAAUGAAACACAGCAAGAGGAAGUGAAAGUGCACAAUAAAAAAUACUGGAUACAACUUUUGAUCCUCUAAAAAAAGAAAAAAAAAAGACUUAAACAACUUAUUUUCUUAAAACUGUUUGAUUAUUUGCUGUACAUUUUUCCUCAUGCUGUCUACCAAUGACAGCUUUGUUUUUCUAGUCAUAUACUGAAUAUACAAUGGAGUAUUCUUCUUCUAUUGAUCGUCUAUUUUUGUAGCGUACUGAGUAAAGGAAAAGUUAGUUUCCCUCCUGCAGCAUCUUUUCCUGUUUUAUGUGUAAAUAUUGUGAUUUAGAGUACGGUUUUGGGCCCUAUUAACAUUUUGAAAUCUAAACCCGUGGACCACUUUAUUUACACUGUGAGAUUUAUUCCAGUCCAGUAAAAGACUUCAGCCUUUGAUUCUUUUACACUUUUACAAAGCUCUCACACACAUACUGUGGGGUGAUAUUUGUCCCAUGCUUUCAUAAUACUUUGAGGUCAAAAAACACUGAAAAAAAUAGGCACAGCUGUUGCAGUGGCAUGGAUAGAUUUCACAGAUAUAACUAAUAAAGUGGCAAGGGGAGAGUGUAUAUCAUGUUUUGCAUCAUAAGGUAUUCUGUACGUACAUGUAACUACAUUCAGCUAGACUGAAAUGAUAUAGAUAUGACGUGUGCGUGUGUGUGUGUGUGUUUGUGCAGGUGCCCGUCACUUCUCUGUUUCCUGCUUACUGCAGGUUUCAUCACCACCUCCUCUCCUCAUUCAUUAUUUAUUAUUUCUGUCAUUCCCCACGCAUCAAUUCAUAUUCAGGCUAUGUGUAUUUUGUCAGAGAUGAAACUUAUCUGUAAACUGCAGGUGCAUUCACAACAAUAAAUAGCACUAUUAGGAGAAAACUUGUUUCUGGAACAGUAGAAAUGUCCUUUAAAGCCUCAGUAUGUCUCGGACUUUAUUUCUCAGUACUAAUGGAAAUAAAAUGUUUGCGCAACAAAA